GUCAUCAGACGUGCGGAGUUCAACGAAUGAACACAAACAGAGCGGACAAUGUGACGCGAAGGUUAUUUUUUUAUUACUAUUAUAAUAAUUCAUAUAACAUUUUUAAGACUACAUCGCCAAAAAUUUGGCCUUUUUCUUCACUCGGUAAAACUGUGGAAGAAGUUAUGGAGCCGAUAACGAAAUGGACGCCGAAACAAGUGGUGGCCUGGAUGAAAGGUCUGGAUGACAGCCUGCAGCACUACGUGAGCAACUUUGAGCGGGAGAAGAUCAGUGGGGAACAGUUGCUGAAGAUCACACAUCAGGACCUUGAGGACCUCGGGGUAGCAAGGAUUGGACACCAGGAACUGAUCCUGGAGGCUGUGGAUCUGCUGUGUGCUCUGAACUACGGCGUGGAGACCGAUAACCUGAAGAACCUGGUUGUUCGGAUGAGAGCUGCCACCAACAGUCUGCACAUGUCCACGUGUGACCGCAGGAAGAGCCCCGUGUACGAGGGCACCGCCUCACGCAAACCACCCAAUGACUUCCUGACCUCAGUUGUGGAGCUGAUUGGUUCUGCAAAAAGCCUCCUGGCUUGGCUUGACAGGACGCCUCUGACGGGCAUCAGCGACUUCACUGCUACCAAGAACAAGAUCAUCCAGCUGUGCCUGGACCUCACCACCACCGUCCAACAGGACUGCAGUGUUUACGAGAUGGAAGAAAAGAUUCUGGAAGUUUCGAAGAUCCUGAACAGCAUCUGUGAUCAGACUGUGAGAACCACCUCAGACCCCCUGAUGAGCCAGUCGGCCUGCUUGGAGGAAGUCCACCUGAGCGACAUCAAACCAGGGGAGGGCCUGGGUAUGUACAUCAAAAGUACCUACGAUGGGCUGCACGUCAUCACCGGAACCACAGAACAUUCACCUGCAGACCUGACCAGGAAGAUCCACGCUGGAGACGAGGUGAUCCAGGUCAACCAGCAGACGGUGGUGGGCUGGCUGCUAAAGCACUUGGUUGUCAAACUGAGGGAGGAUCCCAAAGGUGUGGUCCUGCUCCUGAAGAAGAGGCCCACAGGUACGACGGGCUUCACCCCCGCCCCGCUCAAAAACAUGCGCUGGAAGCCGCCAGUAACACAGAACAACACCUCACUGGUCAGAACUCAGUCCCCCUGCAGCUCAGCUAACGGAUCAACCAAGAAGGAGAAGACGGCCGCGUUGGACUUGUACAUCCCUCCUCCUCCUCAACAGCCGUACACGCCACGGGAGGUGAGAGCUGAUUCCAUCUCCAGCGUCAGCAAAAGACCAAAGGGCUCCGAGUCACCCAACUCCUUCCUGGACCAGGAGAACAGAAAACGCAGCACCAUCGGAGAUUAUGACAAGAUAAGCGUUGGCUGUCCAAUUGAGGCCAGAGUCAUCCAGCCCCGAAUGAGGGAGCCCAAACCUUCCCGUGGUAAAGCGCGGCCUCUGUCCAUGCCAGCGGAUACCUGUGGCGCUGUGGUCGACCCCUACGCUAAACCCUGGACACAGGGAAGGAAAGGUGAAGAUCUUAUCUACAGAUACCUGAGCAAUGAGCGGAUUCCCACCAUUGCUGAAGAAGCCACCUCAGUGUCUCCGCCCUACAGGCCCACAGGGGAGCGACACCUCAUCAGAGUGGACCAUGUCCGCGGCACUCGCUACUACUCCAACUCAGAACUCCACAACAGCGCCACCAUCCCCUACCAGGAGGACCCGAAAAAUGCCUCCGUAGCCCACGUGACCAAACGUACAUCGGCAGAACGUUCACUACUGGUCAGUUGGAUCACGCGGCUUAAGCUCUUGACUCAGUGAUGAUGCGCUUCAUGUUGGGGGCUUCCUGGUCCUGUGUUGUGUCCUUCCUCAGUGCCUUUGAAUUUAAUGUCCAGCUGUUUUGUGGGGCAGCUAUGGUGGUCUUUCUCACACUCCUCUCUCCCCAACCUCCAUAUUUCCCUGGUGUUGCUACUACUACUACCAACUACUACUCCUCAACCAGAUUUGCUUUUGUAGUACUCACUACAUCACACCAUCCUUUAACACUGCCAACAAUCUUCUUCGUCUCUGACUACAAGUCUCAGGAUCAAGAGAAUCCAGUAUGCUCAGCUUUAGGACUCUUUGAGCUUGUGUGUUGUCUCUGGACCCAUGUGGACAUGUUAACGUAUCAGGUGCUGGAACAUUAUUUAAUAUGCAAGUCACUGCAACGGUCUGAAUACCUGAUCUGACUUCUGGCUGUAUGUUUAAUUUGAUUUUCUUUGCAUAAAUAUGUCCUAAAAUAAAAGAAUACAUCGUCAGCAUAUACCUUUAUUGUUAAUACCGAGUCACACAAGGGAUUCUCAAAGUGAAUUUCAUCUAUGAAGUUGACAGAAGUGGCAUGGACUGGAAGCUUUGUGACAUCACGCAAUCAUAUGUGACUAGCUUACGUUAUACUUUCAAAAUCAAGCUUGUGGCUGAAGUUGUUAACUGGGUCAGAGCCCAACAUUAUGUGAUGAACAUGGAUUUGGUUUUGGUUACAAAGAGAGAUGCUAACUACUCAAGCUAACUGGCUUAGCCCAAUCACUGCAUGGCUCACUAGUCCAGCUAGCAUGGGUAAUUAGCACUGCUGUUUGCAGCCAAAACCAAAUACAUGUUCAUCACAUAGUUUUUGGCUCCAACCCAGUUACCUGUGGGUCUAACUUUGUAACAAGUUUGAUCUUAGAGGUGUAAUGUUAGCAAGCUAACUACCUAAGCUAGCUGCUUUUGUGAGCCAUGUAGUGAUUGGGCUAGGCCAGGUAGCUUGCUGGCUAUUAUAGUUUACUUGUUAGCUAGCUUUGUCACAUUUUCAUACCAUGUUUUUUUGUUUGUUUGGUUGGUUGUUUUUUUUGGUUGUUUUUUGUUUAUUUGUUUUUGUUUGUUUUUUUGUGGUGACUUGGUUGCAUUACAUUGUGCCAUCGGUUGCCUUUCAUGAGAUUUCCGUUCUUUUCAGAAAGUGUUUAUAUUGGUUGGAAAAAAAUUGAAAAGUUCCCCCCUUGUUUUUAUUAAUGUCUUUACUUGUUCAAAGUUGUACACUGUUUGGUGCAGUGGAAAGUUAUAUUUUCUUUGACUUUAGUCAACAUUUUCCAAAUUAAGAGGUCUUUAUGUUAAAAAAAAA